AUGUCGACGGCCGUGAGCCCUGGCGCCUGGCGGGAUCGCACGAACCUCUUCAUCUCCUACCGCCAGAGCUACACCCACCACCCCGCCACCUCCUCCAAGCGCUCAUACCCCAAUGGCGGCCGCUUCGGCAACAAUGCCGGCGACGACAUCGAGCGCGCCGGCCUCAUGUCCGAUCUCGACCAAGCGGACGGCGACGCAGUCAUCGAAAUGGACCGCCUGCCACCGCGCUGGCUCGACAUCCAAGACGACAUCACCCAGGCUCUCUCCGAAGUCGCCCGUAACAUGAAGACCCUCGACUCCCUCCACGCCAAGCACGUCCUGCCCGGCUUCGACGACGAAAGCGUCAAGGCAAAGGAAGAGCGGGAAAUCGAGAAUCUCACGUCCGAGAUCACGCGCGCUUUCUCCGCCUGCCAACGCUCGAUCAAACGCAUCGACACCCUCGUCCGUCAAGCGCAGCAAUCCUCUACUCCAUCCCUCACCAAUGCCGACGAAACCAUGGCCCGCAAUCUCAAAAUCUCCCUCGCCGCCCGCGUCGGCGAAGUCAGCACUCUUUUCCGCAAAAAGCAGACCGCAUACCUUAAAAAGCUCCGUUCGCUCGGCGGCAUGAGCAGUCCCUUCGACCGCGCCGGUACACCCGUCUCCGGCGUUGUACAAAACCCCUACACCGACCCCGCGAUGCAAGAAGAGCUCCUCGACCGCUCCUCCGCGCAAUCCACUCUACUCCAAACAGCACAAGUCCGCAAACGCCUGGGCGGCGUGCACGACACGCAAAUCGCGCAGCGAGAGCGCGAAAUCGAAAAGAUUGCGCAGGGCGUCAUCGACCUGUCGAAUAUCUUCCAGGAGCUGAAUGCCAUGGUCAUCGAUCAGGGGAGUCUGCUGGAUCGCAUAGACUACAACGUCGAGCGCACGGCGACGUAUGUGAAGGAGGCGGAGAAGGAGCUGAAGGUCGCUACGGGAUACCAGAAGAAGAGCACCAAGCGGAAGGUUAUCCUGUUGUUGAUCUUGCUGGUUGUCGGCAUGUUCAUCUUGCUAUUGGUCAAGCCGAAGAGGAGCAGUGCUGCUAGUGAUGUCCCGCCUCCGCCUCCGGCAACGGCUGAUGAGGCGCCUGGGACGGUGAUGAUUGAAGGCGAAUGGAAUGGAGAUGAAUUCGAGGUGGGCUCAAUAGGCGUGCCGGAGUGGAAGAGGCGGAAAAGACGACGAGCCGAUAAUACGUGGUUGAAUUUAUUAUAG